AUGUACGUGGAAAGCACGUGGAGUUUAGUUUGGUAUUUUGACGAUUUAACGCUAGAAAUAGUAAAGAUUCAUGUAGCAGAUAACAGCACGGAUGAUAAAACCGAUCCCGGAAGUGACUUUUUAUUCAAAGACAUUACUUGUGACACUCAUCCAAUACCAUUAUUAUCCUUUUCCACUUCUGAUAUACAUCCUUAUGAUAGAAAUAUUCGACUUUAUGUUCGUUGGGAACUUGAAGGAACUCCUCGUUCUUCUUACAUUACUUCUUUGUUAUCUUCACGUAGCACACAAAUUCCACGUUCUUCUUUCUCUGGUAUUUUUGUUUAUAAAUUUGGUUCUAAAAGUGGUUUGGUAACUGAACAUCAUGUAAAACAUAUUGUACCUGCUCCAAGUCGUAGAGCUGUACUAUACCAAGGGUUUGGUGGGCUUGGUGGUUUGAUGUGGCGACUUCGUAGUGGUUUAAGGCAGAAAAAUGAAUGGGGUGUAGGUUUGGGAAUUGUUGGUGCUAAAAAUCAGAUAAAUGUAAACUUAGAAAAUUCUGACCAAACUCUUCAGGAAAGGGAGGAAGAUCUCGAGGAUGGCGGUGACUUAGAUACCGAGGAGCUACUGGCUGCGAUGGCUGAGAAUUCUUCUGUACUAGGAAACCCACAAAUUAUUGUCAUCGGCUUAAAUAGACGAUUUGACAUUUCAAUUGGUGAUAACUUCUCGGGCGAUCCUUCGCAGUCCAUAACAAACCUGUGA